AUGUUGAAACCUAGCCUACUUCAACCAUCACAGUAUCUGUUUCUCCAGCACAAUCCGUUCCUCCAUGGAAGCAGUACUGCUUCGCUUAACGUCUGUUCAACAAUGCCUUCCUUCCCCAAUAAACACCAAAGCCUUCGAUUCGGCUCCACUAAUCACAGAAACAAAAUAAAAGCCGUAAAUAGUAGUGAUGGUACUACUAGUAGUAGCAGCACUACUAGCAGUAGUACUAGCAGUAGUAGUAGUAUCACUCCUGGACCAACGACGACCAAGACGACAACUACAACCACUGAGGUGACGGAAGUGGUGACGGAGAGUGAAGAUGCAGCGGUGGAGAAAGAAGUAGAAGUAGUGACCACAAAAGAAGUGGUGACGGAGAAGUUCACCAGUGUUAAAGCCACCAUUACUGUGACGCUUACAGUUGGAGGGUUUCUGAACAACAUGGGUUUAACCCGAGGACUCGACGAUGUCAGAGAUAUGCUUGGUCAAACUCUGUUCAUGGAUCUUGUUAGUGCUCACCUUGAUCCCAAAACUGGAUUAGAGAAAGAGCAUGUUACUGGGUUCGCACACAGGGGUACCCAAAAGGACAGUGAGAUUGUAUACGAGACAGAUUUUAAAGUUCCAUUAGAUUUUGGAGAAGUUGGUGCCGUUUUGAUAGAGAAUGAGCACCACAAGGAGAUGUAUAUCAAGGACAUUGUCCUGGAUGGCUUGCCUGGUGGUCCUGUACUACUUACCUGCAAUUCAUGGGUUCAUUCCAAGUACGAUAAUCCAGCUAAGAGAGUCUUCUUCACAAACAAGUCAUAUUUGCCAUCUCAAACACCAAGUGCUUUGGUGAGGCUAAGAGAAGAGGAGCUUGUUACUUUGCGUGGCAAUGGCCAAGGCGAGCGCAAGAGCUUUGAGAGAGUAUACGACUAUGAUGUUUACAAUGAUCUUGGGGACCCUGAUUCAAAAUUAAGCUUACAAAGAACUGUAAUUGGGGGCAGCAAAGAGUUCCCCUAUCCCAGGCGUUGUCGAACCGGGCGACCAAAGUGCGAAGCAGAUCCGCUUUCGGAGAAAAGAACUAGUACUUGGUAUGUCCCCAGAGAUGAAGCGUUCUCAGAGAUAAAACAGUUAACCUUUUCAGCCAAGACAGUAUAUUCUGUCUUGCACGCAGUGGUACCUGCCUUGGAGACUGCCAUCGUUGACUCUGAUCUCGGGUUCCCAUUGUUCACUUCUAUAGACUCACUCUUCCAUGAAGGCAUCAGCUUGCCUCCCCUUAAAGAGCAAGGGGUUAUUAGAACCAUGGUUCCUAGGCUAGUCAAUGCUCUAGCUUCCGGAGAUGAUGUUCUGCGGUUUGUGCCCCCAGAAACAAUGAAUAGAGACAAAUUCUUUUGGUUUAGGGAUGAGGAAUUUGGUAGGCAGACUCUUGCGGGACUUAACCCAUAUAGCAUCAAGUUGGUGACGGAAUGGCCAUUGAAAAGUGAAUUGGACCCUGAGAUAUAUGGUCCUCCCGAAUCUGCAAUCACCACGGAAAUGAUUGAGAGAGAGAUCAGAGGUUUCGUGACCAUCCAAGAGGCUAUAAGAGAAAAGAAGUUGUAUAUACUAGACUACCAUGAUUUGUUCUUACCGUAUGUGGGCAAAGUAAGAGAGAUCGAAGGUACAACUCUAUACGGAUCAAGGACACUGUUUUUCCUCACCCCAGAAGGCACAUUGAGGCCGCUGGUUAUCGAGUUGACUCGACCGCCACUAAACGGAAAGCCUCAAUGGAAGCAAACCUUCCAACCCAGCUGGAACGCCACCGGUGUCUGGCUUUGGAGGAUUGCCAAAGCUCAUGUCCUUGCUCAUGAUUCUGGUUACCACCAACUUGUUACUCACUGGCUAAGAACACAUUGUGCCACAGAGCCAUAUAUAAUCGCAACGAAUAGGCAACUGAGUGUGAUGCACCCGAUCUAUCGAUUGUUGCAUCCCCAUUUCAGAUACACGAUGGAGAUUAAUGCUCUUGCUCGUGAAGCACUAGUCAAUGCCGCCGGUAUCAUUGAAACCUCAUUCUCGCCGGGAAAAUAUUCCAUGGAGAUUUGCUCUGUUGCCUAUGGAAAGGAGUGGCGAUUCGACCAAGAGGCUCUUCCAGCUAACCUUAUUAGCAGGGGCUUGGCUGUUGAGGAUCCAACUGCUCCACAUGGUCUGAGGUUAUCAAUUGAAGACUACCCUUUUGCCAACGACGGACUCCUCCUAUGGGAUGCCCUAAAACAAUGGGUCACUGAUUAUGUAAGUCACUACUACACUGACUCCACCCUUGUCCAAACUGAUCACGAGCUCCAAGCAUGGUGGACAGAGAUCAGAACAGUAGGUCACGGAGACAAAAAGGAUGAACCCUGGUGGCCUGAGCUAAACACCCCUCAAGAUCUCAUCGACAUCCUCACAACGAUAGUUUGGGUCACUUCCGGUCACCACGCAGCAGUCAACUUUGGUCAGUAUACUUAUGCAGGUUACUUCCCUAACCGCCCUACAAUUGCAAGGACCAACGUUCCCACGGAGGAUCCCGACGACGAGGUCUGGAAAAAUUUCUUGGAAAAACCCGAGGCCACACUUCUGCGGUGCUUUCCUUCGCAAAUUCAGGCUACAACGAUAAUGGCGGUUUUGGACAUUUUGUCUAAUCAUUCGCCAGAUGAAGAGUACAUGGUAGAGAAGAUGGAGGAUGCAUGGGCUGAAGACGAAGUCAUAAGGGCGGCGUAUGAGCGGUUUAAAGGAAGGUUGAUGAUGCUUGAAGGAACUAUUGAUGAUAGAAAUGCUAAUUAUGAGUUGAAGAAUAGAAGUGGGGCUGGGGUUGUGCCUUAUGAGCUUCUUAAGCCGUUUUCAGAACCUGGGGUUACAGGAAAGGGAGUCCCAUAUAGCAUCUCCAUUUGAAUAUUUUCAUAAAUUUAUUAAAAGAUACAGAUUUUUUUUUUUUCUCAAUUUCAUUUAGUUGAAUUAGUCUUCACUAUAAUAAGUUGAAGGUUGUGAGUUUGACUCACGGAGAUCUAAUUAUUA